AUGAGCACAUCCAGCCACCCGCCUGGCAGUUCCGCCUCAGCCGACUUUCGAGCAUCAGUAGGCACAAGCAGUACCGCAAUCGACAAUGGUGCCCCGCGCCUGCGCUUACAACCGAAAUCGCUCCCACCAUGGAUAGAUUCAUACGAGACGAGGUACGGCCAACCCAGCGAAGACCAGCUUCAACUGCUCUCACCCCCGGCACGAACUGUUCCACCUCACCACAACCACCAGCCUAAGGAGCCUGAUCGUCGGGUGUCGCGUGACGGCUGGGUCGACGAAAUGGGCGACCCUGUCUUAGAGAACGCUCGCCCAAAUACAAACAAACGGCUUACAGACUUCUUCCGCGGCAAGGGCGCGCAACACGGAAGAAAGUGGGAUCACCUACGAACAGCAGAGCCCGUCAUCGUCUCGCAACACAGGCCCGCAACCCAGGGCCCACCAGCAGCAUGGAAGGACUUUCUACACUCAUCGGCCUACGGUCGCACGGAAGGCGAGGAGUCGGAGGUUGUGGACGUCAGCAUGCUAGAUAAGCUGCAGCCCGACUUUAAUAAACGAUACGACUCGCAUGCCCACCGAGAUUUGGAGAAGGGAUCGAUGAAACAGAAGAGAACGAAGACCUUUGGACAAAGAAUGUGGUCCCUCAUUCUACGACACUACCUAGUACCCCUGGUUUUCCGACUUACAGUCAUGUUCACGUCCAUCAUCGCCUUGGCUAUAGCAGCGCGGAUAUACGAAAAGGAGAAUGCUAAGAGCAACGUCAGUCCGGAACGCGCGCAAAGUAUCGUCGCUAUUGCUGUCGAUACGGUGGCAGUGCCUUACAUCGGGUAUAUGAUCUGGGACGAGUACACGGGCAAGCCAUUGGGCCUUCGACCAGCCGUCCAGAAGAUUGCCCUUAUCCUGCUUGACCUCUUCUUCAUUAUAUUCAAGUCAGCCAGCACUUCUCUGGCCUUCGAAUCGCUAGUCUUCCAUAAUGUUGAAGCAGGGCAAGUGAGGCAGUUGAGUCAGGCCCUGGCAUCUUUCAUGCUGGCGGGUCUGCUGGCGUGGACCCUGAACUUCAUGGUUAACAUUUUCCGGACGGUUCAACGACUUGGAGGAGGCGAGGAUGAAAGCUCUCACGAUCGCAUGUAA